ACCCCACUGCUAUAAUAUUUUCAACAUGGACGGCUGCAGGUAAUUUAAAACCCGUCUUGUACUCGAACGAAUUUCAAAGUUUAGACCAAAGAUCUGUGUCUAAAAAGUUCAAGACAGAGUCGAAAACUCGGACAAGAACCUUGUUGCUCCAUCAGCAGUUUGCUCGUGAGAGAUUUAGUGCUGUGUAUAUAAAUCUUGCUCCGCAGUAGACACAGCUAGAGCAUAAUAAUGGACAGCAACAAAGACGAAGCUGAGAGAUGUCUGGAAUACGCAGAACGAUUUGCGGAACAAGGGCUCCUGGAAAAGGCUGAAAGGUUCAUCAUGAAGGCUGAAAAAUUAUACCCAACAACCAAGGCCAAAGAUUUAUUGUCAAAACUGAGCAAAAUGCAGGAAAAUCAAAGCCAAAAGAAUUCUGAGGACGAGCCUUCAUUUGUACGUCAACGUACAACUACAGCAAACAAGGAAAAUACAGCCUCACCUGCAGGUGCAAGUGCAGCAGGCACCGACGAAGGAGAUUAUACGAGCGAGCAAGUGGAAGCUGUAAAGAGGAUCAAACGUUGCAAAGACUACUAUGAGGUGCUGAGCAUUUCUAAGGAGGCAACCGACUCUGAAAUCAAGAAGGCGUACAAGAAGCUAGCCUUGCAGUUGCAUCCUGACAAAAAUAAAGUUCCCGGAGCAGCCGAGGCCUUCAAAGCCGUCGGCAAUGCAGUGGCUGUGCUGACUGAUGCGGAAAAACGAAAACGAUAUGAUCAGUUUGGCUCGGACGAAGAUCGUCUGAAUCACAGACACCAAGGACACUAUGACUACAGCUACAGUCGUGGAUUUGAGGCCGACGUCACGGCCGAGGAGUUGUUCAACAUGUUCUUUGGUGGUGGUUUUCCAAAUCAGAAUGUUUACGUCCGUCGUGGAGGUCGAUGGCAAAGAGCCCAAGCUGGAGCUAAUGGAGGUGGCGGCGGCGGUGGAGGGGGCCAGGCCGGUCAGGGAGGCUACACAGUUUUUCUCCAAAUGCUGCCCAUCUUGCUGCUGAUCUUCCUUUCCAUGAUGAGCAGUUUCUUCAUCUCUGAUCCGCUCUACUCCCUGCACCAGAGCCACAAGUUCCCUGUCGCAAGGAAAUCUAUGAACCUCAAAAUUCCGUACUAUGUUAAGGAAAAUUUCCAUACCGAAUACCAAGGAAGUCUGCGGAGACUGGAGUCGUCCGUUGAAGAAGACUAUGUGAAUGGAUUACGACACGCUUGCCACAGAGAAAAGCAUUAUAGGGAAUCAAUGCUAUGGAAAGCACGCAAUUUCGGUGACCACCAGUUAUUCCAAAAGGCGCAGAACAUACGAACGCCGUCUUGUGAAACUCUGCAACAACUCCAUGCCCAGGCAGCUUGAGAAGAUUUUUGUUUUGUACGAUUGGCUCUGAUGUCUUUUAACUGUUAAAUUAUUUCUUCUUAUUUCCCUGAUCGGCUGCUCGUGGUCUUGUAAAUUUACUGUCGACAAGACAUGUAAUUUUGUAUUUUGUCAUAUUAGCUUGGCGAUACUUAAGUCAAGCUCGCUGUGACUCCCACUGGCAUGCCUCAAAAAUGAAAACUAUCAUUGAUGUUAGGGUUGUUUACUUCUUAUGCCGCACGCUGCGUUAGUCAGCGAGUUUUACCCAUUCCAAAGAAUUUAAAUGGAAUAUCAUUAAUAACAACGAUUCCUGUGUUUCUAAAAAUUGGUUA